AUGGUCUGGCUCUCAGCAAAGAAAAGCGUGCCCGUUGCCGCUGCUAUUGGUGCGAUUGCAUUGGGCAUAUCAGGUAGUACGGCCUCACCGGUCCAUGGUCUUGCAAAGAGGAUCAAUGUUGCCGUCUGGGGGUACAACGUUGGAGCGCUGGCCGCAGCAGUAAAGGAUUACUUGCGGGACAUCAAUGCUUAUAACAUCCAGGUCCCCGAUACUUGCAAAAUGACUCUUGUCACCUCCAAUGGAGCUGGCUGCAAGGCCUUCUUGUGGUGCGGAGGUAGUGAUACGCUCAAAGGCCAGGACGAGAUUGGCCACGUCGUAAAUGACGCCUGGAAUGUGUGCUACAAGGAUGGCGAACAGUUUAUGCACGACGAUGAGCUUGGUGACUUUUCUGUUACAUUCACCCAGGCUGGCGGUGUUGAUGGGAACACUGAAGACGGUCUCCACCAUCCCGUCCUCAAAGUUGCAGGUAUCAACGACUGGGAGCCUCUAGACAUUCAAGCUGUCAUUGAUGCUCAGGGAGGCUCUAUUGAAGGCAACGUUUGCAAAAAGGCAAAGAACGGCGCAUAUCAGUCUAUCACAUAUACGUGUGGCAUUCCUAAAUUGAACGCAAACUCGCUCUUCGGCAUGUCCAACUACGGCGAGGAUUACGCUGGAGAAGGAUAUGAGCCAGGAUGGUGCACCGCCCAUGUUUCGCAGUAUCAGCGCAACGAAUUUGGAAACGGCGGAAAGUACGCUUUCGAUGUGGUCAUCUACGAUGGCGCUGGCAACCAGAUCACGACGGUACAGCACCAGGAAGUCGAUGACGAGGGUAACCUCAGCAUCACCUCGAGGCUGCCUGUCACGCUAGAAUUGCACUCUGGUGGCGAUGAUGCCGAUUUUGUCUCCUUCGACUACGGUGACCAAGCUUGGACGUGCGACGACAACGACGGCGGAGACCAUGCUUGCACUUUGGGUAACGGCAAGGAAAAGGGUUACGAGAACGGAUCCCGCAACGGCGAUAUGGGUUGGACAUGCUAG